AUGGGCGGACAAAGCAGAGAAGGCGGCAAAGUGAAGCCACUGAAAGCGCCAAAGAAGGAUAAGAAAGACCUUGACGAAGAGGACGUGGCAUUCAAGGCCAAGCAAGCGGCAGAUGCGAAAGCUCGGAAAGAAAUGGCCGACAAGGCUAAGGGCAAGGGACCGCUGAAUGCCGGCCAGCAGGGAAUCAAGAAGAGUGGAAAGAAAUAG